AUGAAUAAAGAUCAGCAAGAAGGUUUGAGAAAAGCCUCAUAGAUAGCAGCCAAGACUUUGAAAACUGCACUAGAUAAUACUAAGAUUGGCAUGAGUUUAGAUGAUGUGGAUGAAAUUGUGCAUGAGAGUAUUUUAUCUAUGGGAGCAUACCCAAGUGCUAUAGACUAUAUGCAUUUCCCUAAGAGUGUUUGUACCUCAGUGAAUGAAGUAGUGGCACACGGAAUACCAAACGACUAUGUGUUGAAGGAUGGUGAUUAUUUAAACAUUGAUGUGGUAUGCUAUUUUGAUGGCCAUCAUGGGGAUAACAGUGGCAUGGUGAUGCUAGGUAAUGUGCACCCAGAUAUUUAAAAACUUAGUUAAGUGACUAGAGAGUCAAUGUACGCUGCAAUUGAGAUUGUCAAGCCAGGUGCUACUUUUGACUAGAUUGGCAAAACCAUCGAAGAGUAUGCUGAUAAGUAUGGUUAUGCAGUAAAUGCAGAAUUUGGAGGGCAUGGAAUAGCUCAUCAUAUGCAUAUGCCACCUAUGGUAUAUCACAAUAAAACUAGAAGCUCCUCAAAGCAAGUAAUGAAACCAGGAAUGGCAUUCACCAUUGAGCCAAUUUUGAUGAUGAAAAAGAACUUUAAUUAUGUUUAAUGGAGAGAUAACUGGACUAUUUCGACUAAUGGAGUGCCUUCAUGUCAGUGGGAGCAUAUUAUUUUGGUCACUGAGGAAGGACACGAGAUUUUAACUAUUAGAGAAGGCGAGACUAAUCCAUUAGAUGCCAAGAGAGCUGCAGGCUAACUUUGA